AUGGCCCUGUGGAUGCGACUUCUUGCCGUGCUGGCCCUGCUGGCUCUCUGGCGGCCCGACACUGCUCAGGCCUUUGUCAAUCGGCAUCUGUGUGGUUCACACCUAGUGGAGGCGCUGUAUCUGGUAUGCGGGGACAAUGGCUUCUUCUAUACACCCAAGGAGCGCCGGGAGCUGGAGAACCUGCAGGUGGGGCAGGCAGAGCCGGGCAUGGGCCUGGAGGCAGGCGGAUUGCAGCCCUUGGCACAGGAGCUGGCACUACAGAAGCGUGGCAUUGUGGAUCAGUGCUGUAACAGCAUCUGCUCACUCUACCAGCUGCAGAAUUACUGCAAUUAG